CCCACACUGUAUUUUAAUUAUUUUUCAUUACACAAAAUGGCCACUAGAUGUCAGCACGCUACCGGUAUUUCUGCAAACCUCUCCUCUGAUAAAUACAUCCCAAAGCAUUACACACACACACACACACACACACACACACCCGCACACAUACAUACACACACACACACAUACACACACACACACACUCCGCACACACACACACACCCGCACACACACACACACACACACACACAUACAUACAUACACACACACACACCCGCACACACACACAUACACACCCCUCACACACACACACACACACACACACACACACACAAUCAACAAAGUCACAUUUACUCGUUGUAAGAGAAAAUGAAAAUAAAGAAUAAGAGGAUUAAGAUGUGGGAAAUAAAGGUGAAGGAGGAAAAAAGAUAGAAACAGGAGGAAAGAGAAGAGAAAGAUGAGUAUGAUAAGAUAAAAGUAAAGAUGAAAGGAGAGAAAGUGGGGAAUAAAGAAGAGGUAGGCCAAAAGAGAAAGAGCAUGAGGAGAACAGAAAAGGAAGAUCAAAGUAUUAAGAGGAAGACAAAAGGACAAUGAAGAAGAGGAUCACAAACAAUAAAAGAGAAGACAAAGGAAGAAGGCGAGGAAGAGGAGUAAGACAACAAACCUAAGGAGGGAUAGGAAGAGGAAGAGUAAAAUGAUGAAGAGAAUAAAAAGUAAGUGGAAAGAAGGAUGAAGAAAGAAAGAACGAGGAUGAAGAUUGAAGAUCAAAAGAACAGAGAGGAUGAAGUAAUGAAAGAGGAAGAUGAAGAUGAGAAAGAUGAACUGGAAGGGAAAGGUGAAAGAAAGGAAGAUGAAAACGAGCAGAAAGCUGAGAAAGUAGAAGAAGAGGGAGAUAAAAUCACAAGGAAGGGAAGGGAGAAAGAAAGAAAGGAUGAUGACGGAGGUGAAGUGUACAGAAAGGACGAGGUGAAGUAGAGGAAGCGGAAGUGGAGGUUUUUAUACAGGAUGUAAAGAUAUAACCGAACUGAAAAAUAAAAAUUGCGUUUCACGAGUGUUUGUGCGUGUGCGCGCGCACGUAGGCCCCGCCCAUCCAAAUUUCCUCUCCUCCUCGGGUCGUGUCUCGCGCGUGCGCACGGCCCCGUUUUUGCAGGAAAAAGAAGAGAGAGAGAGAGAGAGACAGAGAGAGAGACAGAGAGAGAGAGAGAGAGAGACAGAGAGAGAGAGAGAGAGAGAGAGAGAGACGCGUUGAGAUUGGAGGUGAUCUGAGUUUCCUGAAGAAAAGCAGGCCGCGGAUCAGAAUCUCAGCGCGCGAGGCUUUAACACCGGAACAGGUUCUCUCAGCUCUCCUGUUCUCUCCUGGUUUUCCGGUUGUCCCUCUUGGUUUCUGCGUGUCCCUGAUGUGGACAUGGCUGUGAGGUGGUCAUGGCGUGAGUCAGCGGCGGUUUCACUCGGACACAGAGCGACUGUGUGAAAGCACUUCAUCAGUCUGAUUCACUGGAAUAUAGAGACGCUGUGAAAAUGCAGAAAAGACGGAGAACGUCUUCAUCCUGCGUCACUUUGUUCCUCUGGUCCGUCCUUCUCUCACUCGUCCUGCCCAGGUGUGUGUCCGGUGCAGGUACGGACAAAACGGACAAAACGGUGGUGAACAAAGAGGAAUAUUACAGCGCUACAAUUAACGCCACCGUGCAGGACGUCAGGGGGAACGCCAAGCGUGUGAUAUCGAAGGAGGACGGCAGGUACGGACAGAACUCGCCCAAAUCAGAGGUGAAGGGGAUAAUAAUUACACCUGCUGCAGUCAACGGAGUGGUGGAUAUGCAGGGCUGCUGUCCGUACACUCGUUUCAUCAUUCCUCCAAAGACGACGCACUGGAUCGCUCUGCUUCAGAGAGGGAAGUGCAUGUUUAAGGAGAAGAUCCUGAAGGCUGCUGCCUUUAACGCCUCCGCAGUACUCAUCUACAACAACAGCUCCAAAGAGGACACGGUCACCAUGGCACAUGAAGGCACCGGGGACACGGUGGCAGUGAUGAUUACUGAGUCGUUGGGGAAGGACCUGCUGUCUUUCUUGGAGAAGAACGAGACAGUGUGGGUUUCGGUGUCUGUCGGUUCUCGAGGUUCGGUGAAGAACCUGAACCGUGGCUCACUGGUGUUCGUCUCCGUCUCCUUCAUCGUCCUGAUGAUCAUCUCCUCCGCCUGGCUCAUCUUCUACUUCAUUCAGAAGAUCAGAGACACUAAUGCUCGAGAUCGAAGUCAGCGACGGCUCGGAGACGCUGCGAAGAAAGCGAUCAGUAAAUUGACGACUCGGACGGUGAAGAGAGGCGACAAGGUGAGGACCUGUUUACUGACAUCAUCACCAUUUACACAGGAAGCAGAACCUGAUUUUAAUCAUUGUGCUGUGUGCAUCGAAGGCUAUCAGCUGAACGACGUGGUCCGCAUCUUACCGUGCAAACAUGUUUUCCAUAAGAUGUGUGUGGAUCCGUGGCUGAACGAACACUGCACCUGUCCCAUGUGUAAACUCAACAUCCUCAAAGCUCUGGGCAUCAUGCCCAACCUGAAGUGUGUAGAUAACGUGGCGUUUGAUAUGGAGCGGAUGACCCGCACUCACUCCUCCAGCCAGAGGGUGGCGCUGAUGGAUGUGUCGUCUGAGACGAGUGUCAGUGUGGAGCCGCUCACACGCUCCGGCUCGUCCCAGCUGCUGUCCGAGUCCGAGCUCUCACACACACACACACACCGCAGCGGGGAGAUCAACAUCGCCGUCACCAAAGAGUGGUUUAUUGUGGGCAGCUUCGCCGUCCUCAGUGUUUUAACGCUGUGCUACAUGAUCAUCAGAGCCACCGGCAACAACUACGACAACACGGCAUUGGACACGGCAUGAAGAUGGACGUCGGAUUUCCAAAUUAAAUCAUUACUUCAUUACAAGAUUUUCUUCAUGACGGCGUCUUGCAGUUCAUUAAUGAAGUUCUGGUUCCGUUUAUUUGUAGUUUUUGAGAUCCAUAUCUUAUCUUAGGUCCGUUUUAAUGAUUCUUCAUACCGGGUGUUUUAUUUUCACGUCUUCGUGCAGUGUUAUGAAGUGUUUAUUUUUUUAAACACCAGUAAGUUUUUCUUCAUUUGAUUGGCACUGAUACGCCUUUUAUUACACUGCAGAUCCCUCAUCCGUCUGAAAUGUCUCCAUCUCGGCGUUAAAUACGUCGUAGUGUGACGUGUGAAGAGGAUUUAUCGCUUCCCGACAGCCGGCUUAAAACCCAUUCUCAAGUAAUAAAUAAUUCCAUUAAACAUUUAGUACUUAAAUGGAUGCGAAUAUUAUUGAGUCAUAACACAAGACCAUUUUGGGUUGUAUAGAUCUGGCAACCCUGGUAAUAGCACCUGUGUCAGGAACUCCUACAUCAAAUUCCUCAUAUAUAACAAAAUAAUUAUAAAUAUACAACAUUGACAGUAUUUUGUAUUAUUUAAGCUCCUUAGAUGCAAUUAGGCCAAAUUCAGUGUUAAAUUCACAACUAAAACAAAAUGGAGGUAAAAGGAAGAAAAUGGCCGAAUGGAAUGGAGUGAGUGAGUGAGUGGGUGUAUGAGUGAGUGAAUGAGUGAGUGAUUGAGCAAGUGAGUGAGUGAGUGAGUGAGUGAAUAAGUGAGUGGGUGUAUGAGUGAGUGAAUGAGUGAGUGAGUGAAUGAGUGAGUGAGUGAGUCAGUGAGUGAGUGAAUGAGUGAGUCAGUGAAUGAGUGAGUGAGUGAGUGAAUGAGUGAAUAAGUGAGUGGGUGUAUGAGUGAGUGAAUGAGUGAGUGAGUGAAUGAGUGAGUGAGUGAAUGAGUGAGAGUGAAUGAGUGAGUGAGUCAGUGAGUGAGUCAGUGAGUCAGUGAGUGAGUGAAUGAGUGACUGAGUGAGUCAGUGAGUGAGUGAAUGAGUGAGUGAGUGAGUGAGUGAAUGAGUGAGUGAGUCAGUGAGUGAGUGAGUGAGUCAGUGAGUGAGUGAAUGAGUGACUGAGUGAGUCAGUGAGUGAGUGAAUGAGUGAGUGAGUGAGUGAGUGAAUGAGUGAGUGAGUCAGUGAGUGAGUGAGUGAAUGAGUGAGUGAGUGAAUGAGUGAGUGAGUCAGUGAGUGAGUGAAUGAGUGACUGAGUGAGUCAGUGAGUGAGUGAAUGAGUGAGUGAGUGAGUCAGUGAGUGAGUGAGUGAAUGAGUGAGUGAAUGAGUGAGUGAGUGAAUGAGUGAGUGAGAGUCAGUGAGUGAGUGAAUGAGUGAGUGAGUCAGUGAGUCAGUGAAGGCAGUUUAUUAAAAGGUAAAAGUUCGGUAUGUAUUAAGUCCGAUCACACGAGUUCAGCGGACUCGUUUAUAUUUAGGUCUUGGAUCACCUGAUUCACCGAUCCAAAUCGCCCUCUACACCAAAACACUCCGGAAUUAAUACGGCUUCAUCGUUGGGUUUAAAGUAUUUCGGGAAUAAUUGACUCUUUAUUAUUUAUUGGUUAUUUUCCAGUAAUUCGUUAGUUUGUGAUUAAUUGAGCAGGAACUGCAGCUCAGUGGGAGGAGCUCUGCUGAAGGUUAUAGAGUUUAGAAUUAAAGCAAACAAGCUCUUGCACAUUUGUACAUUUUUGCUUUACUUAAUUUUUUUUUUAAUCAUUUCUUCUUUUGUAUGAAUUUAUUUCCAUUCUUUUUUACUUUUUAGUUAAGAAUAAAACAACUUUUAAAUUACAAUAAUAAACAAUAUCAUAAAACAUUAUAAAACCCGGAACCUGUGGCAGUAAAGAGCUUUUUAGUUCCUGAACUUUAAGUUCCUGAGCUCUGAACGUCCGCAGCGUUGAGCUGUAGUUCUUCUGCUAAGAUCAGGGUUUGUUUGUUUUUUUCACUUUAAUCCUUCUGAUGAAAGAUAAUCUCACGUCUUACUUUAUUUUGUAUCUUGUAUUUUGCUCGUUUUGGUUUUUUUACUACUUUAAAUCAUAUUUUGCUUCCUGCCGGGUGAUGUCACACUCCUGAUGUGUGUUUUAAUGCUGUGGGUAAAAAUAUAAAGUCCACACACACACACACACACACACACACACACACACACCUUCAUCUCUCUUUAGUCGUGGUGUUUUCUGUAAAACUGAUUUGCACUAUUGGAAUAAACAUUUUUUAAUCUA